GCAUUCUGUACAUUUAGCAAAUUUUUGGGAGUGUGUAUAAAUGAAGGGGUGAAAACAAAAACAAGAAAGUCAAUAAUUUAUGAAGUGCUGUAUUGUAUUACACAAGUUUCAUUCUUAAAUUGCGCAUUUUUCUUACAAAUAAUUGAAAAGUUAUAUACAAUUCAAGCUUUAUUUAUAUGUAAAGUAAAUCAAAGCAGUCUAUAAAUAUUUACCAAAUAAUAUAGUAAAGCAUAAAUUAACACAAUGUUUAUAUGAUAUCAAAACAUAAUCGUCCCUUCUAAUUCAUCUUACUUUAAAACUUGUCAACAUAAUCAGAAGCAGUGAUAUUGAAACAUUGAAAUUCUAAUUAGUACGAAACAUACAGGUUCGUAAUAAUUAGGAGAAUUCUUAAGAGAAUUAGAAUUUUAAUGUCUCAAAAUUAGGUGCCUCUGAGAAAUGUAGCAUUUUCAAACAUAUUAUUACUGAAUACAUAGUUUGUAUUUUCUGUCUGAAUCGUUAUGGUAGACGUGAAUGUUACGUCCAUGACGUGAUGUUUGUGAAAUAUCUGUGUUAAUUUAAGGUUUAUUGCAAAUAUUGCAAUCGCCAUCUGCCGCUACAAUAAUCUAGAGAGGCAGACCUCAAUUAGACUACCUAUUCCACUCUGCAAUAUAUGAUGGAUACAAAUUUUCUCUCUCUUUCGCUCGCCUAUAAAUAUUUCCACGAGUUACAGAGACAAAAAAUAUUACAGUAUUAUUUCCUUGCAGAGUAAAAAUUUGCAGCAACAUGGCACAAUAACUACCGAGAGUACAGAUAAAGCGAGUAUCAAGUCGGUUGCUGACCAAGUGCUAAGUUAGUAAUUAGUUAAUUUAGCUUAGCUGACAAAGCAAAAUAUUUUACGAGUUUAGUACUGCCAAGUGACCUACUUGAAUUUAGCUUGGGUAGCUCUUGAUCAGCAACCCACGUGUUUUUACAUUUGUACCUUAUUUUACCUAGUUCCUGUAUUUCUAGUUAUUGGUUUCGAUAUUUUUAUUACUACAAGUAGUAUUUGAUUUAAGCAAAAAUAGCAUAAUUAAAAUGAUGUGGCAUACGCAAUUACGUAAAAUAGUAAAAGCUAUCAUUAUUCAUUUCAUAAUGAUCUCGCCUUGUACAAUUAACACGCACAACAGAAAAAAAAUUGCGCAUUGAGGGAAAAUAACGGAAAUUAAGUAGGUAUAUUUUAUCGCAAUAUAACUAACAGCAUUACUAGGUAGUUCGUUACUUGAAGAGUGAAGUGGAAACAGUUUUGUCUCACUCUUAUAAUAUUCUAUAAGGUAAUGAUCAAAAUUAUUAAAUGCGUUACCUAUUUUACUAGAACCUAUCGUUCGUUUGUUUCAAAUCAUACAUGGGAAGUAAUAUACUUUCCAGAUAAUAUACAUUUACUAUAAAUGCUCAUGUUUCUCGACUUUAGUAAGAUUCAUAAAUCAUUUGUUGAAUGUAUUGUAAUCUUACACUAAAUAUUCAAAUACAAAAAUAUUUCGUCCUAGAAGUUCCUAAUAACACACAUCUCGUUGACCUACGUCAAGACAUUUACAUUAUGUAAAGAAAAAGGCAUAUAAAGUAAUUUUUACAGUCUUUUACGCCAUUUUAUUUUUAUAAAACGGUGACCAAUUGGCUGUGCUAACUUAACCAGCAUGCAAAUAAAAUAAAGUAUCUUUUGCGUUUCCUUUACUAGUUCAGCAAAUUAACAUAGUACAUAGCUACACAACACACUGACAAUUGUUAAGAAGAGCCAUCUAUUGGAGCGCGUGAGAAGCUCCAACCAAAGAUCAAUGGCAAUACUAUCACCGAGCACACCGCAUCGAUUACGUCACGCGAUGUCAAGAAACCACAACAGAUGGCGCUGAAGCACACCUAUAUAAACGAUUGCACGGACGCUUAACGUCUCUCAUUCUCAUUUGAACUUUCAACUGAAAUAUUGUAAACGCUUUAUUGUAAAGUAAUAAAUCCCAGUAUAUCUUCAAAGUCGCCUGAUUUACCCGUGUUGAUCCAUACACACAAGAAGAUUAGGAGUCACAGACAAUAGCUAGAAAUUAGAAGCCUAGGAACACACUCUGAACACGCAAACAUUGGACCUUCAGAGCCGCAUCAUCCAUCAUCACAUCGAGGGAUCAGCAAAGGGUACCGUGUUGUGCUUCCUCACGAGUCACGUACGCAGUUUACAGGAAUUUGGUGAGUACCCACUUUUAUAAAUCGUCAAAAUGAGUGUUGAAAACGUAACCGUUCGUUGUAAAUCUCCUAAUUUGUGCGUAGAUUCUGAUGAUACUGUAAUUAGAGAAUUAAAUAAAAAACGCGGUUCAAUCAAGGGUAGACUGACGUUAUUCGUAAAAUUUGUAAAUUCUUUUCAUAGCCACUCUCGUCCUAGCGAUAAACAAUUAACCGAAUUAAAAUUGCGUAGUGAAUUAGCCAAAUCAUUAUUUAGUGAAUUUAAUAGCAUUCAAAGCUCCAUCGAAAUGCUCAUGGUGUUAGAUAGUGAAACUGCAAUUCAGUUAGAACAUCGUGAAUCAUUUGAAAAUAUUUAUUACGAAACCAUGGCAGAAGCAGAAAGUUUAAUAAAACGUUUUAGCCUUUCUGAUUCAACUAGUGCUAGUUCUAGGUGUGAAGCUUCGAUAAAUAUUAAGCUUCCUACUAUUUCACUACCCUCCUUUGACGGGUCGUUUGAAAAUUGGUUAGAGUUCAGGGAUACCUACCUUUCUAUGAUUCACAACUCCACCCAGCUUGAUGACAUUCGUAAAUUCCAUUAUUUGCGUACAUCGCUAACUAGUCAGGCAGCUCAAGUUAUUAAAUCAAUAGAAUGCACAUCAGAAAACUACACAAUAGCUUGGGAUUUGCUCAAUGAGAGGUAUAAUAACGUCAAGUUGCUGGUACAUAAUCAUGUCAAGUCUUUAUUUACCAUUCAAAAUCUAAAUAAAGAGACUUCAUUUCAUUUAAGGAAAUUAAUUGAUAUAGUUUCAAAGAAUUUACGUGCCUUAAAGACACUCGGGGAACCUAUAGAAUAUUGGGAUACACUUAUUAUUUAUAUCAUUACUUCCAAAUUAGACGCAGUAGUUGAGAAAGAGUGGGAGGAACAUAAAAAUAAUUUAUUUACGCAGCAUCAUAAACGCAUUAAGUUAGACGAUCUCAUUACAUUCUUGAAAAAUAAGGCUGACACUUUAGAAAUGAUUAAAGCGCAUAAUUCUUCAUCAUUUUCUAAUAGUAAAGUCCCUUUUGAUAACAAUAAAAAACCUCAACAACAAUCGCAACAAAAAUCACAUAUUUUCGCUUCAACAAAAAAUAAUGUGAAUUCCAAAAGUACCCGCACAUGCUCAUUAUGCAGCGGAAAUCAUUCGCUUUAUUCUUGUACUAAGUUUUUGGAUUUAAACGUUAAAGAGAGAUUAGAAUUCGUUAAUAAUAAAAGGUUAUGUGUUAAUUGUUUACGAGCUGGACAUUUCGCUUCAGAUUGUUAUUUUGGUCCGUGUAAACAGUGCAGUAGAAAACACAACAGUUUAUUGCACAGUAACAAUAAUGAUAAAGUAGAAAACGCAUUAGUAUCAGUCGUGGAGUGCCAACCGGAUUCGAACCCCGUACUGCACUCGUCGGCAGUGUUGCAUACAGCCGAACCGACACGAAACGAGAAUUCGAACAAUAGUUUGUAUACGCAGGCGUCAGAAACUGUUUUAUUAUCCACAGCUUUAGUGGAGAUAGCAGGUAAUGACAAUGUAUAUCAUAAGGCUCGCGCUUUGUUAGAUAGCGGCAGUCAACACUGUUUAAUUACAGAAAAUUUACGUAAAAAAUUAAAAGUCGAUUCGAUACAGUCCACAUAUAAUAUCACAGGAAUAGGGCAUUCACACACUCAGUCAACAGAGUUGUGCGAAAUUAAGGUCAAGUCAUUAAACGGUGAUUAUAAUACUCGCUGUAAAUGUAUAGUUUUGAAACAUAUAACUUCAAAUUUACCAACAGUUCCAUUACAUUAUAACUCUUUAGACAUUCCGAAUAAUAUUCAGUUAGCCGAUUCGUUAUUUUAUUUACCGUCAAAAAUUGACUUAUUGAUCGGGGCUGACGUGUUUUGGGAAUUGUUGAUAGAAGGUAAAAUGCGAUUACCGGCAGGUCCUUANUUAUAA